GCGGCGACUGCUGGCGCUACGGCGGCGGCGGCGAGGGCGAGGCGGAGGGAGGCGGCGGCGAGGACGACGCGGACGGCGGCGGCGGCGACGGCGAUGCCGAGGGAGGCGGCGGCGACGGCGAGGCGGACGGAGGCGGCGGCGAGGGCGAGGUGAAGGGAGGCGGUGGCGAGGGCGAGGCGGACGGCGGCGGGGGCGACGGCGAUGCCGAGGGAGGCGGCGGCGACGGCGAGGCGGACGGAGGCGGUGGCGAGGGCGAAGUGGAGGGAGGCGGCGGCAACGGCGAGGUGGAGGGAGGCGGCGGCGAGGGCGAGGCGGACGACGGCGGUGGCGACGGCGGUGGCGACGGCGAUGCUGAGGGCGGCGGGGGCGACGGCGAGUCCGAGGAAGGCGGCGGCGAGGGCGAGGCGGACGACGGCGGUGGCGACGGCGGUGGCGACGGCGAUGCUGAGGGCGGCGGGGGCGACGGCGAGGCCGAGGAAGGCGGCGGCGAGGGCGAGGCGGACGACGGCGGUGGCGACGGCGAUGCUGAGGGCGGCGGGGGCGACGGCGAUGCCGAGGGAGGCUGCGGCGACGGCGAGGCGGACGGAGGCGGCGGCGACGGCGAGGCCGAGGGAGGCGGCGGCGACGGUGAGGCGGACGGAGGCGGCGGCGACGGUGAGGCGGAGGGAGGCGGCGGCGACGGCGAGGGAGGCGGCGGCGAUGGUGAGGCCGAGGGAGGCGGCGGCGAGGGCAAAGUGGAGGGAGGCGGCGGCGAUGGUGAGGCAGAAGGUGGCGGCGGCGAGGGCGAGGCGGAGGGCGGCGAGGGCGAGGGCGACGCGGACGGCGGCGGCGGCGAGGGCGAGGCGGAGGAAGGCGGCGGCGACGGCGAGGCGGACGGAGGCGGCGGCGAGGGCGACGCGGAGGGCGGCGGCGGCGACGGCGAUGCCGAGGGAGGCGACGGCGACGGCGAGGCGGACGGAGGCGGCGGCGAGGGCGAGGCGGACGGCGGCGGGGGCGACGGCGAGGUGGACGGAGGCGGUGGCGAGGGCGAGGCGGACGGCGGUGGCGGCGACGGCGAUGCUGAGGGCGGCGGGGGCGACGGCGAGGCGGACGGCGGCGGUGGCGAGGGCGAG